GGACGACCACACUCACGGACGGAACUGCGGAUAAACUUUAACUAACUUUGUUUCACCUCGUCCAGCCUUCCAAAUGUUUCACUCUUUUCUAUUAAAAGCGGGCGCAGGGGGUUUUGGUUGACAGAAACAGUUCAAACUGUCGCUGAAAAAUUUGCUAUCCUUUUUUUCCUCCUUUCUUUGGGGUCAGUAACCUGUGAAGAGAACAGAAAAGGAUUUACUGAAAACUGGGAUUUACCUGUGGUGGCGUGUUGACAGUACUAUCGCCUGUCUACGAAACAGAAGGUUUUUUGCUUUUUCCAGAGAAAAAUAAAGCGGAUUAGAAGAAAAAAAAGAACAGUUUUUUUUUUCAUUAAAGGAGAAGGCCAGGGCUCCACCUGCUGCAAGAAAAGACAGGCUUAAGGGACUGGUUAGGGCUUAGACCACCUGCCCUGAGGAGUCAAGGAGAGAAAGAAGGAAGGAGAUAAGUCAUCAUCUACUGUUGCCCUCUGUCUCCCAGUCCAUACAGAUGUAUGCUGAGAAAGUUGUAACAGAGGGGAAGAUGGGGAGCAAGGGAAUAUCUCUGACCUGUGUGUUGACCCCCUGUCGGGUGAUUGGGGUGUGUAUUAUGUUGCUGAUCUUGGGAGCCAUCGGAGCAGCCGUUUGGGCCGUAGUUACGUAUUGCACAAUGGAGGAAGACACAGGACUGUAUGAUGUUCAAGUAAAUUCUGCUGACCAACAUCUCAGAGUCUUUGACUCGACUCAGAGGAGGUGGCGUCAGGUGUGUUCCUCCUCAGCCAAUGAACUGCUUGCUAGCAUCAGCUGUGAGGAAGUGGGCUUUGUCAGUGUGGUGAAUUACUCAGUCACAUCAGUGCCAGAGGCCAGUGGAGAUGGUGGAGAGUUCUUCUGUGUCAGACAGGAAGAGCUCAGCUACGGCAAGAAAAUUAAAGACUCAUUGUUCCCUUGUGACUGUGAGAGCAGGGAGGUUCUCACACUGUUGUGCCAAGACUGUGGCAGGCGCAGUUUUGCAGUAGACCGUAUAGUAGGUGGUGUUGAUGCCAGGCAUGGCAGCUGGCCUUGGCAGGUCAGCUUGCAGUAUGAUGGAGUUCAUCAGUGUGGAGGAUCCAUCAUCUCAAACCGCUGGAUCGUCUCUGCAGCUCACUGCUUCCCAGAGUAUGUGACAGAGGCUAAUUUAAUACAGAAAUCAAAACGUUACCGCUUUGUUAAUCGCUGGCGUGUGCUGCUGGGCUCCGUCUAUAAUAAACCAGUCAACGCCAACGUGGCAGAAGUGAAGACGAUCGUUUAUCACAGCAGCUACCUGCCCUUUGUUGAUGCUAACAUUGAUGACAACAGCAGGGACAUUGCUGUUUUGGCCCUCACCCAACCACUCACUUUCAACGAAUACAUCCAGCCUAUUUGCUUGCCAGCAUAUGGUCAAAGACUGAUAGACAGACAGAUGGGAACAGUGACAGGCUGGGGAAAUGUUGGAUACUAUGGUCAUCUAGCAGAUAUUCUCCAGGAAGCGAAUGUCCCCAUCAUAAGUGACGCUGUCUGUAAUGCUCCUGAUUACUAUGACAAUCAGAUCACCACCAGUAUGUUCUGUGCUGGUUAUGAGAAAGGAGGCAUUGAUGCCUGCCAGGGAGACAGCGGUGGCCCUUUCGUAGCAGAGGACUGCCUGUCUAAGACCAGUCGGUAUCGUCUGCUGGGGGUGGUGAGCUGGGGAACAGGCUGUGCCAUGCCAAAGAAACCUGGAGUCUACACCAGAGUGUCCCGGUUUCUGCCCUGGAUAUCUACGGCCAUGAGGAACUAUCACAACUCACCUGGGGUUCACAAAAUGGCCCGGACAUGAGAUUGCCGCUCCCAUGUUUAUACUUUUUCUGCACUUGGAUGACAAUACGGACAGAUCCUGUGGAUGUCAAUGGGGAGCUUUACAACUGGGGGGCUGGUCUGUGAUGUUCCCUUUGUAUCACGGCUCUAGAUCUCCUUUCUUACCCAAAACAUUUUACUGAGAAUUUACCCAUUUCUUGUACCAUUCCCCAUUGUUAUAUGUUUGCCAGUAUCAUACUCCUUAAUAAACACAUACCAGAUCAUAAGCAAUUGGGCAGUUAAACAUUUUUUUGUUUUUCAGGUUCACAUUAUAUUAAAGUGCCAAGUCUCAGCUUUAAUUUGAGUAGGUUUACAUCAAUAUUGAAAGAACUGAGUGAGAUAUAGCCUCAAAUGUAAGCUGACACUUGACACUAAAAUGUAGUAUUCAUUAUUUUUAUUUCAAAUUGAAUGUGCUUAGAGCAAAAAUAUGUAACUGUCCAAAAACUUAUACUGUCUGGACUGUAUCCUGUGUCUUUGCAGAUAUACAGAGACUGAGUUCUUUAAGAGACAAGUUUUAAACUCAUAAGCAAAGAGUUACUGAGGUUGACUAACUUGAGAUUAUUUUUCUGAGAUGACUUUUUCCUCUCCUCUUGUAUUUUUUUAGCUCCAUACUACUGCAAUCUCACCAGAAGUCAAGGUAGAAAUGACCAGUAUGAUGUAUGAGCUAAACAGCAGUAAAUUGAAUCAAGACUGGUAAAGGCUCAGGUUUAUCUUCAGCAUUCCACAUGUAAUUAGAAAGAUUCAUAUUUUAAGAAACUUAAGUUCUUUAUCUAGAGAUUUUAUCUUCUUGCUCCAUAUGAGUCACUUUCUUCAGAUGUGGACUUUCCGUUGCCAGUGUGUACGUCAAGCACAGUAAUUUGUCAUAAGGAUCUUGUGCAACCUCAGCAUUUUUAGUACUUUUACAUUGUGUAACACAGACACAGGCAGACACAGAUGUAACAUGUAUGUAACACAUAAGUAAUCAGCUUUAUUUUGAAAGAUUACACACAUCAUUUUGUGAUUUAACUCACUUGUGUCAUACAUGCCAUGUGUUUUUAUAUGCAGUAGCCUGACUUUAUCAUCGAUAAUUAUUCAUUCAAAAUCUGUUUUUUUUAAAUCAAAUUCUCAUGUUUAAGAUGGACUGGUGAAGAUAAUGCUCACAUUCAAAUCAGUAUUUUGCUUUGUUUUGUAAAUAUUAGUCAGUACCUUGUUUAUGUAGAUGUUUAUGUUAUGUUACAGAUGUCUAAAUGAUCCACAGAUCUGAGAGAGCCAAGAGUGCAAUAACAACAUAAAUGACGCUCUCAUGAAAUAUAACUUUUACAACAUAUUAUAAAGACUUUACUGUACCUGUGAGGACCUGUAGCUAUCACUGAAUCUGUGUCCUGCACUUGGCCUAAAUAAAGAAUGGGAUGUGAGCACUAAUAACAUUCCUCAAAAUAAAUGUAAACCCUCACUGGAACUGAUCUUUAACUCUUGACUAAACAGAAAGUAAUGUAAUUUAAACAACAUAACCCUAAAGGCCCCGACUACACACCACCUUUCUGUCUUUGAAAUAAACUGAAUGUACAGUAUCUACAUUUAUAGCAAUUAUGAAGUGUACUAGAGAAAUAAGUAUGUAUGUAAAUUGUAUGAGUAUUGUAUUGAAGUAAAGCCUUAAUUAAAAACCA